ACGAAUUUGGAACUAAAAAAAUCCGAACAUUGCGAAGGAGAUUUGGUUGUUUGAACUUACUUUACAAGUACUGUUUCAUUUUAGUCGGUAAGGCCUAACUAAGCACAAGGACAGGUGGACGGACAGGGGUCCUAAUAUUUCCGUGUGCCUUCCCAGCGUUGUUUGGAGCUUCGACAGUCCGUUGAGAGUGGUAGAGUCUACACCCUCUUUCAAACACGCAGGUGGAACUACCGCAAAGGACGACAAUUAGUCAAUUAUGAUUGCUGAGCAAAUGAUCUAAAGUGCUGAGAGUGUGAAUGAUCCUUUCAAUUUGGUCGGUUUUCCAAUGCCGGAUUGGUGAGGAGGUAGCGGGAGCCCCAGGACAACUAGCUCCAUAGGACCCCAGCGACCGCCGAGGAAGACGAGAUAACGAAGGCGCGGCACAGUCGUCGCCUGCUGGACCUAGCGACACCGACCGACAACGACACUUCCAUUCACCCUCUAACGCCUCAGUGCGCAUUGCGGCUUUGAAGAAGCGAGGAGCCUGGGAUAAUGCUCCUGUUCGCUACUCUCCUCGUCCUUGGAGCGGCCAGAUGGAGCGAGGCGGCCUGCACCGAAACGCAAGCGAACUGCAUCGCGUCGGCCAGCAACCUGGCGAGAGGUGCGAGCGGAGCCAGCGCUAGUGCUACGUGUGGUGUGGGUCAGCAUGGCGGGGAGGUGUACGGGUUUGGCGGUUGGACCACGUCUAGUUCUAUUUCCUACAGAGACCUGGUGUGCAAUGGUACAGUAGCUACGCAUGGUCAGCAGGCACAUCCAGCCGUGCAGUUACACGAUGGUUCAACCAGCACUUGGUGGCAGUCACCCUACGCCAUCACCACUGUGUCCAUCCAGCUCGACUGGGCCAACAAGGUCCUGUUCCAGCGGACGACGCUGACGUUUCGCAACAUCCCGCCGGGCGCCAUGCGACUUGAGUACUCGACGGACGGCGGUGCGACGUGGACACCAUACCAAUACUGGGCACUGUCGUGUACUAACAGCUUUGGCCUGGCGAGGACGAGCACGACCAGUGCACCGGCCGAUUCGAGCGCAAUCUGCACCGAUGAGGGUCUUCUUAUCCUUACAUCCCAGGAGGAUAGUCUACAGGUGACGUUCAACCCGACAAGCCGUCUGGGAAGCAGCCGUUUCUCCGACCGAUCCCUGGUCGAGCGUUACCUGGCCAUCACCAACCUGAGAGUGACAUUCUCUGGCUUCAACUUUCUUCAGAACUCACUCGUUCCUCCCAGUCAGCACGCUUCAUUUGACCGAAGCUCAACAAACGCACACCGCUUCUACUAUGGCGUGUAUGAAUGGGAAGUGUCGGCAACGUGCCACUGCUUCGGCCAUUCCGACACGUGUGUCAUGCAGCCUGGAGACAUUGCAGGGUUUCCCACCGGCUGUGGUAACUGUAGUCACAACACGAUGGGUGUGAACUGCCAGACAUGCCAGCCGCUCUACAACAAUCGCACAUGGGCGCCAGGGACGGAUCAAACGGCGAACGAGUGCAUACGCUGUGAAUGCAAUGGGCACGGGGAUUUGUGCCAUCCUCCUUCGUCGUUCCUGGGCCCAAUCUGCCAGUGCACGCCAUCGCAUCACGUCACAGGACUACACUGUGAGCGAUGUCAGGACGGAUACUAUCGUGAUCCGGCUCUGCCGUACUCGCACCCGGAUAGCUGCAUUCCAUGCCAGUGCAACACGUCCUACACGGACGGCGGCAGUGGUAUUUGCGACAUUGUGAGCGGGCAGUGUCCGUGCCGUCCCGGCGUUGAGGGUCGCCAAUGUGACCAGUGCCAGAACGGCUACCAUUCACUGACGGCUGGAUCUGGCUGCGUGCUGUGCCAGUGUGAUGCGGACGGUACUAUUGCCGGACAAACCUGCUUCCCGAACAACGGCAGCUGUCCGUGCAAGAGCAAUGUCGUGGGAAACAACUGUGACAAGUGCAAACCAGGUUUCUACGGUCCCAGUGUGUUAGCACCACUUGGUGGCUGCUACCAGUGCCUGUGUUCUAAUAAGACAAGCGACUGCUCCGCCGCCUCCGGUUACAAGCUAGCCGUUGUGCAGAACAAUUUCGAGAAUACAAACCUCUCCGGAUGGACUUUCCGGACGAGCAACCAACAGUUGCCAGAUGUGGAUGCGACUCAAACCCGUGAACUGGUCACACUUCCGGGCGGGAAUGUCACAUUCGUGCAAGGAAUGUUGCAGCCAGUUCAGCACUUUGACCGUGAAGGAGUGCUGGUUGCACCCCAGAGCAUCGUGUCCAACCUGCCAAACUCCAUCGGUCAUCACUUCUCGUUUGGCCUGCGAACAACGCCGGGGACUAUGACCAGCAGCCUUAUUACCACGCGGCCAGGUGGCGAUGUGGUGAUCCGGAGCAGCUCUCCCAGAGUGUCUUCCAUCGUUGCCGUACUUGAUAACGCGCCUGUAUACGACGUCCCUGCACAGCAUACGCUGCUGCUCUACCCAGGUCAAUGGCGUGUCGGUGAUAUCACGGGACCACUGGCCACAAUGGUUGAUAUUGUGUCGGUGCUGAACCACGCAACGGAGCUGACUAUACGAACAGUGUACUACAGCAACGUCGCAACGCUGGGAACACACACACUCCUAUACAAUGUGUCCCUGGAAGCGGCUGCACUGUCUAGCGAUGCUGCGCUGCCGGACGCACACAACAUAGAGCAUUGUAUGUGUCCGGUGGGCUAUGCAUCGCUCGACUGCAGCCAGUGCUCCAGCCCGGCGUACACGCGUAACUAUCAGCUGCGCAACAUCUCUACGGCGGUGUCGGUCGUCGACCAGUUUGACGUGUGCACGGCGUGUGCGUGCCACGCGCACAGCCAGUCCUGCGCCAUGCUGACCGGCGUGUGUGUGGGCUGUGGAGGUAACACCCAAGGUGAUCAUUGUGAAAUGUGCAAAGACUCGUUUCACGGCGAUGCCAGGACGAGUAACUGCCAGGAUUGCAAUUGCAACUUGACGGGAUCCGCGAGCAGCGUAUGUAACAAGGACACCGGCAUGUGCUCGUGCAAGUCCAAUGUGUUUGGCCAGAUAUGCGACCAGUGCCGGAACGGAACGUACGACUUCCACUCGGGAAGCGGCUGUACUUCAUGUGGCUGCAAUGUGAUCGGCUCGGAGCAGUGCGCUGGAGGAGAUUGUAAUUGCCAGCAGACGGCUGUGGAUAUGGGCGCUUGCUUCUGCAAGGAGAGGGUGACCGGUUCCAAGUGCACGUCAUGCCUGUUUGGCACACAAGGAACGGUACCGAACUGUCAGGUGUGUCAUCCCUGCUUUGACGCAUGGCUGGUGAUAGUCGAGGCCAUCCGUACUCAGCUCAGUGAGGUCCACAACCAGACGAUCACCACCACGCAGAUGGCGUUCGGCAGCAUGGCUGCUGCGGACGUGUCGUCGAUGCUUUCGCAGGUGCAAGCGCAGCUGGAUCAGAUCCAUAAUCUGCUCCGUAACCGCCGUGAAGUGCAGCUUGAGAGUAUUCUUGCUGAGGUGGAUGCUUACACUGUGCAGCUGACUUCCACUCUGAGUGCGUUCGCAAGCAGAAUUUCAAGAAAUGAAGCCCAGCUCAAUGCCUCCAUUAUCAGUUUGGCCGACCAGAAGACGUUCAAUGGCUCUGUCGUUGUGCCGGAUGGAACACUGGCCUCCGCCAAGACUAUCGAGGCAUUCACCAGACACCAGGAGUUGUUGCUACAAGAAAUCAAUGCAAACUUCUCUACUGAGGCUGACAGACUGGUGAACAUUGUCCAGGCUAUUCUGGCUUUGUCCGAACAUAUCAAUGCCAGCCGCGACCUGGCGUCCAUCGGCGAGGUAACCGCUCACUCCACAUCACUCACAAAUGCACGGGUGGCAGCUGAUCAUGCCGUGUUUGAGGCUUUAACCAUGGACAAUGCUGAAAUGAUCUCGAGGCUCGAUCAAGACAUAGCUAUUCUGGAGGAGGAUAUCCGUAAUGCCACCAGUCUUGUCACCACUGCAAACAGUAUAGCUAGUGCUGCUAACAUGACUGCGCAUGCAGCCAGGCAGCAAGCUACCGCACAACUGCAGCUAGCCCAGAGCUUGGCCGCAGACACUCACAAGCUGGCACUCUCCGUCAAUAGCACCAGCGCUAAUGCCAACAACGUGUCUGAUAUCAUCACUGCAUUCCUGAGCACUGCAAUGGCAACGGCUAGCACUGCUCAGGACACUCUCAAAAGCACUGAAUCCAUCAAUUCGGACUUGACGGCUGCGCUGAACCAUCUAUCGGAGGCAGAGGUGUCCGCAUCGUCUGCUCUGGUGAUCUCCCUGCCGUCCGUUGAGCUGGCACUGAACUUGAGCUCUGAGAUCAACAGCACCAUAAUACCACAGUCAGCGGUGGAUCAGACGCUUGCGGACGCCCGCCUGAGCUUGCAGGAGGCCGAGUCCAUUCUGCAAGUUGCGCAAGCAGCAUUCAAUGCCAGUCAGCAAGCGUACGCCAUGCUGAGCGGAAUCGAAGCCGCUCUCCAGCAACACACGGCACAGCACAGCAGCGCCAGCCAAACCUUGAGCGAUGCCCGUGUUAUCAUCAUGCAAACCAAUUCAUCACUUGGAAUAGCUCUGGAUCGUGCAAUGGAGCUGUCCGGCAUACUCACACAGGGACUAUCCGAUGUGAUUGAGAUUGAGGAUAGCCUAGUACUGGUAGCUGAAUGCCAAGACAACGUCACACAAACCGAUGCAAGCUCUCUGGCGACGUCCCGGAGCAGCUGUGCAAACCUUACGGGAAUGGUGAACGAGACUAUCACAUCUGCAGAAGGCACCGUGUCUGACAUCACCAACAACUCCAGCCUGCAGCUAGGCGCGGCAAGGACAGCUCAGUCGGAUGCGACGACUGCCACUGGCCUAGCCAGUGCUGUUUCAACAGAAGUAGCCGAUAUGGAGAGCAUCGAAGAGCUGAAAUCACUCUUGUCACGCUACACAAUCCUGUCGGACGCGGUCGAUGCGGCGCAGACUGAGGCAAACAAGCAAGAAGACCAGCUCCGCUCCGUAAUCUCAGAUCUCACCUCCGUAUCCAGUAGUUGCCCCGGUGGUUCCCUGUAGGAGAUGAUGUAAGCGCCAGGAACAACACCACACCAAUCUGCAUUCCGGCUUAUUGAGAACUAUCUUUCAAUUCAACCCUCGUCAGAUUCGGCGUCUUGCCGUCCCAGACCUCACAAUUAUGCUACCGUACCAUUAAGGCUAAGUCCCACACAUGUAUAUGGAGUCCAUUUCAAGGAGCAGCACAGACUAGCGCCGGAGUAUGUGUGGCCCACAGGGUAGCUGCCAUGGUAUCACAGUACUACAUGUACAUGUACUGUGAUAGUACACGAGCCUAUCGAAGGGCAGCAGAAAACUACGCAAGGAAAUGCAGAAUCAAGUCACGUUUGCCUACUGACUUUGGACGGCUUUUCCUGCAUUUCCCACCUCGUAUUCAUAUUGAUCUAUUAGCAUCCUAAGUUUAUGGUUAAUUCCUAGAUUCUGGGGUGUCUUUCGCAUUCACUUGAGACCUAUCAUCAAAAUGACUUGCAACCACAAUCACAAUUAUUAGAUUUUUUAAAAUUGA